CAAGUUAAUAUGGUUAUGUAGAUUCAAAAUUUAGUUUUUACUUUUUGGAAAUUCAGAAAUGUUGUAGUCGAUUAGGUCAAAAAACAAAAUUUACAGUUUUACCAGCAGAAGGAAGAAGGCAGACGGCAGACAGAAGAAGAAGCAGGUUUAGUCGAAGAUGGCACCCAAAAAUAGUGCGAAAUCUUGCGGCUUUGUUGAAACCGAAGAGGGGGAGAAUGGCAAAUGCAGUUUUAUUCUAACACUCGACAGUGAUGGCCACAUGGAGAUCAGUCCACAUAAUGUGAAAGAAGAGCCGCAGCAGCAGAAGCCACAGUCGGAGUCACAGCCGGAACGUAUCUGCAGUGGAGUGUGUUCCAAAGAGAUUAAACCGGAGCCAUCGACGAGUAAUAAGCGACGCAUCAGCAUAGCAAUACUAAAGCAUGAUCCGGCGGAGGAAGGAGCAGUGGCCGAAGGAGUGGGCAAGGGUGUAGGAGUAGAAACUCAUGAUAUCGUUAGCAUUGGGGGUGGUAUACAAGGCGCUGGAGCAGCUUUACCUCGUUUCGUCAAGAUCUAUAACAAAGAUCUGGGCAGCAAGCCAUCGUUUGUUGUCCUCGAGGAUGCCGUCGUGCGGAAGCGGAUUGAAGAGAACCUCCAGCCGGCAACAUGUCAUUGUAAUGCCCAACAGCAGACAUCACCGUGCGAUAUUGGAGCACAUACAAGCUCUCAGACUGAUGAGUAUUUACUGGAAUACGCUGUGCGUCCUCAGCUAGUGAAAAGGGCAGCAACAUCUCAAAGGGUCCAGCAACGGCAACGGAGUGGAGCAGGCAUUGUAGAAUCAACUGGGUCUCCCCAUGUAACCAUCAGCUUUCUACCACAGAUAGCUGCAGGGAACAACAACAACAAUAAUAGCAGCAAUAAUAUGGUCUAUCCCUCGUCUAGCCAUACUUCCUGUUCCACUUGCUCGAGCUGCAGCUGUGCCUGCAGCAAUCAUUGUUGCUUCCUUCAACCAUCAGGAGUUUUGCCCACACCAGAGCCUCAAGUCAUGGGCUAUUAUCCUCAUCCAUUGCCCUUGAUUGGUAGUCAUUGUAGUCAUAUGACUUUACCAACAGCAGCAGCAGCACCAGCAACGUUAACCCAACAGCAAUAUCCUUUUAACAAUUGGUAUCCAUCCCAUAGCCAUCAAUGUCUCUACUAUCAUCCACCAUCGACAAUGAACAUGACAUCCGGUUGUCCUAGUCCCCAUUGUGGUGCCACCUGUUGCAUGCAUGGACAUGGUCAUCAUUCACAUGGCCAUUGUGGCAAAUGUUUCAAUCAGCAGCAGCAGCAACAACAACAGCAACCCAAUUAUCCUCCAACCUGUGGACGAUCGAAAAGAGCCAAACACAACUCUUGUGGGGAAUCAACAGAACGUAGCGAGAAGUUCAAGGAGCCACCUCAAGAAAAUGUUGUUCCACUGCCAACCAGUUUCUCGGACUCCUCCACAAUGAAUCCCAGUGAAACAUUGCAGAUAUCAGAUACUGGCCGUUCGAUUGCUGGAGCCGCUGACAUUUGCUCGGGCGAAAAGUGCUCUGCUGCGACGACAUCCUUGUGUAUGGCUCGGUUUGGUCGCACUUGUUUGAUCUUAAGACCCACCACGCCCACAGCCAUACCACGCCUAUUGACCAAACGCAUUAGUCGCUACACUUCGAUGAUGGCAUGGCCAAGCGGCAAUAAGAUGAUCCACCAAAAACCAGCCAAGAUAGAUUCCAAAGAGGUCACACAGAUAAAUUAAUUAAUUUCCCCCCUCUAGACAGCAAUAAAAGUUUAAAGUAAACAAAAAGACUAUCAUUUCA